GCAUGGUCUCUUGUUUGUAUAACUGCAUGUGGCAAAUAUCUGUUUCCGAUGACACUGACAUAUAUAUUAUGCCCUUUUGUAGUUAGAACAUAAAUAAUAAUAAUAAUAAUAUUUUAAUUUUUAUACCGCCCUUCUCCCGAAGGACUCAGGGCGGUGAACAGCCAAGUAAAACAAUACAAUAUAUUAUACAAUAAAAACUAUUUAAAAAGCUUAUUCCAUCUGGCCUAAAUUUAAAUAUAGAAUACAUAAUAUAAAAAUAAACCCCAUUUAAAACGAAUUAAAAACCCCUAUUAAGCCUAUUGAAUAUGCCAUCAUGGAUUGUUAUUGAGGUCACACUGACUAAAUUCCUGGAUUAUUAUCACCCUGAAAAUAUAUGGCAUAUACCUCAUCUUGAGAAUAUCUGGAAGGAAGACGAAUCCAGCAAGCUGCAUGGACCAGCGUUUCUGGGUGAGCUGACAACCAUAUACAGUAAAGUGUAUUGCUUAUACAGCUGACAACCAUAUACAGUGAAGUUCCCUUCCUACACUCCCGCGUAAAAUUGGAAGUGUCUUGGUGACAUUUCGACGAAGUCUCAUUCGUCAUCUUCAGGCUUCAGCUUUGUGCUUCUAGGAAAAUGUGUGAUCGCAGCUAAUUUUACGCAGGAAAAAACCCGAAAAACCAAAGACAAACACCCGCGAAAACCUCAGAAAAUAAGUAUGAUCGUCAUUAUGGCUGCCGAUUCGGACGUGCUCCAUUUCCAGUUUGAGCAGCAGGGCGACGCCGUGCUGCAGAAGAUGAACCUGCUGAGGCAGCAGAACCUCUUCUGCGACGUCUCCAUCUACAUCAACGACACCGAGUUCCACGGGCACAAGGUGAUCUUCGCCGCCUGCUCCACCUUCAUGCGGGACCAGUUCCUGCUCAGUGAAUCCCAGCAUGUCCGGAUCACUAUUUUGCAGAGCGCCGAAGUCGGCCGGAAGCUGCUGCUCUCGUGUUACACGGGGGCUCUGGAAGUGAAGAAGAAGGAGCUUUUGAAAUACCUCACGGCGGCAAGUUACCUGCAGAUGGUGCACAUCGUGGAGAAGUGCACGGAGGCCCUUUCCAGAUACCUUGAAAUCGAUGCUUCGGUCGAAGGCAACGGCAGGUAUGCUGAGAAAUGCCACUCCUCUGACAUGGAGCUGGGCAGCAGAGGGGGCUGCCCUGAUAAAGACUGUGAAAUCAUUGAGAUUUCCGCAGACAGCCCCGUGUGUGUAGACGAGCACAUCAAGCAGGAGAAAGGAGACGUUCAGCCGGCGUCCCUGCAAGGUUUAAUGUCGGACAGGAAGGAGGCCAAAAGCCCGGAAAUAUCCACCGUCGAGAUCGGCUACAAGGACGAUGAAAUCUGCAUUUUCGAGAUGGAUUCCAUCGACGUCCCCAGUCUGGACGACGAGCCGUUUCCGCAGCCUUGCACCUCUUCGAAAACCAACCUGUACUUCCCGGAAACUCAGCACUCCUUGAUCAACUCCACCGUGGAGAGCCGGAUGAGCGAAGUAGCCCAGUUCCAGAGCUUUGGCAACGAGAAUCCGGAAGGAGCCGCCCACGCGGACUUCCCGACCUCCAAGGACGCUGGCUACACGUGGCGCCAUCAGUGUCCCAAAUGCCCCCGCGGCUUCCUCCACUUGGAAAACUACCUCCGCCACUUAAAGAUGCACAAACUGUCCUUGUGCUUGCAGUGCGGGAAAACCUUCACUCAGAAGAAGAACCUGAACCGGCACAUUCGCGGCCACAUGGGCAUCCGCCCCUUCCAGUGCAUGGUGUGCCUGAAGACCUUCACCGCCAAGAGCACCCUCCAGGACCACCUUAACAUCCACAGUGGCAACCGGCCUUACAAGUGCCACUGCUGCGACAUGGACUUCAAGCACAAGUCCGCCCUCAAAAAACACCUGACCUCCGUCCACGGAAGGGCCGGGGUGGACAAAUCUGGCUUUGAUGGCAUCACGGAAGUCAGAAUAGACUAUGAGUAGAUGUCGUUUGGGAUAUCUUUUUUUUUUUUUUUAAGGCCUGAUUUUUGAUGCUGAGCACCAAGACUCCUCCCCGCUUUCUCCCCACUACAGGCUCCAAUCCUGCAUGUAAAUACCGUAUUUUUUCGGAGUAUAAGACGCCUCCGAAUUAUAAGACUACCAUUUUUGGUGAGGAAAACAAGAAAAAGAAAUCUGCCUCUGCCUCCCAGCAAUUUGCCUCGUUGCAGCAGACAACCUGCUGUAGUUUCAUUUUCAUUUUCAGCACAGCCUGAUUAGCACAAGAAAAAAAAAUCUGCCUCCCGGCAAUUUGCCUCCUUGUAGCAAACAGCGGAGGCCUGCGCGGCAAUAAAACAGCCUGAAACAGCUGAGGGUCGGGAGGCCAAUCCAACCACAAUCAGCUGCUUGUGCUAAUCAGGCUGUGCUGAAGUUGAAACGGGCGGCUUGCUGCAAGGAGGUAAAUUGCUGGGAGGCAGAUUUUUUUUUCUUGUGCUAAUCAGGCUGUGCUGAAGCUGAAAUGGGCGGCUUGCUGCAAGGAGGUAAAUUGCUGGGAGGCAGAUUUUUUUUCUUGUGCUAAUCAGGCUGUGCUGAAGCUGAAAUGGGCUAUUUGCUGCUUGCUGCAAGAAGGUAAACUGCUGGGAGGCAGAGGCCAAAGCGGGGUGAGCGGAGCUACAUUUGGUGUAUAAGACGCACCCAAAUUUUCACCCUCUUUUAUGGGGGUGGGGGGAGUGCGUCUUAUAAUCCGACAAAUACGGUACCCCCUGCAGGCUUUCGAAUAGCUGCCCUUCUUCCCAUGAUAUGAGCCGCGGUGGCACAGUGGUCAGAGUGCAGUACUGCAGGCCACUUCUGCUGACUGCCGGCCGACUGCAAUUUGGCAGUUCGAAUCUCACCAGGCUCAAGAUUGACUCAGCCUUCCGUCCUUCCGUGGUCGGGAAAAUGAGGACCCAGAUGGUUGGUGGGGCAAGAGGCGGACUCCGUAAACCGCUUAGCGAGGGCUAUAAAAGCCCUGUGAAGCGGUAUAUACAGUAUGUCACAGAAGUGAGUACACCCCCUCACAUUUUAUAAAUAUUUUAAGUAUAUCUUUUCAUGUGAAAACACUGAAGAAAUGACACUUGGCUACAAUGUAAAGUAUUCGUUUUUUUAGAUCCUCAGAGAGUUCAUUGCCAUGAGGCGCCAUGAGUUGUGACCCAGGCCCAAGUAGGUACUAGGAAACUCAGUGAAAAAACAAACAAACUAUUUGAACAGCUGAGAAUUACUUCAUUCUCAGCAUAGUCCAACUAAAUUAAAGCAAAUUCCUCCAAACACAAAUUCCUCAGUCCUAUCGCAAACCUUGGUCCAAUUAGGCAAACUGCCAAAGGCCUUUCUUGGCAAAUAUUCAGUAGACACCGAUACAAAAUAAAUGCAACAAGACAAAGCUAUCAACGUUGUUUUCCAGCAAAGCCCAAACGCCGUUGCUGGUCUAUUUUAAGCCUUAUGGGAGGGGCCAAUCAUCUCUUGGCCUUACUCCCGAGUUGUCCUUUGUGCUUGAGCUGCUCUUGCCUUCUGGCAGCUCUUCUCAUGCGUGCAUUAGGAACAGGCUCCUCCUGUUCCUCUGCCUCACUACUAUCAGCCUCUGGAGGCUCUGCAGUCUGCACUUCACUCCCCGAGGGCCCUGGUCCCACCUCAGCCUCCGACGCAGAGCCCACAUCCGGGCCUUCCCCAGCCUCCAGGACUGGCCCACGUUCUUCCUCAGCCUCAUCGCUGUCUGACUUUUUUUGAUUAUUGAAAACUUGCAAGUUUGUCUUAUUCGCAGUGACCUGCACCAUGGCCAGGGAUUGACUCAAGUACCCGAUGCACAAUCAAGCCAACGACCUUAUUUUUAUUUUAUUUUAUUUUUCCUCCCCAUGUUCGGCAAGAAUCAAAUGUAGAUUCCAUUUUCACUUCAGUCUGAAAUUCAGUCUCAUUGUUAGUGAUCCCUGCAGGUUACAUAAGUACAGCCUUUUCCCUCUUUCUGGACGCGUUAGAAACGCACAAUCGUCUUCAUCCAGGCACUUCUGUGAUUUUUUUAAAGGCAGUAUAAAUAGAUACCUUUUUGUGAUAAUGCAAACAAGCUAGGUUAUCUCCUGCGAUGAAUGGAUCAAUUGCCGUUCCCAGGGGUGCUCAACUUUCAAGAGAGGAAAAAAACAAAAACAACCUGAGAUAUUAAAAUACAGGUAUUAAUUGGUGUGUGUGUGUGAUGGAUUCAUGCUUUCCCUGAAAUGCCCGUGGCAGUUGCAUAAAUUAUCAAAGAGAACAGUCCUGUCGGUUUGCUGGCAUUUUGAGAAGGCCGUUUGAUAACAUUAGGACUGCUUCUCCUUGGCUUUUUGUAAAUGUGUGUGUGUGUGUGUGUCUGCUUUUCGGUGUGCUUUCGUGUUAAACAUAAGGCUUAAAAGAGCAGCAACGGCUCUUGGGCUCUUUGUAGGAAAGCAAUGUUGUUCCAAUUGUUUCUUGUCGGGGUCUCUUGCUUCUGAACUUCGUUGGGUGCUCCCAACGUUUUAAAAGACACUUUCUCCAGGUGUUUUUUUUUUUUUUUUGGUUAGCAAAUUGUGUCUGUAACACGAGUGGGAGCUGUGCAGUUUUGAGAAAAAAAGCAUUCGCUUGGCCAAAGGGCUCCCAUUAAUGACGUUGAGAGCUUUGAUCAUCUUUGUUUGUGGCUCUGCUUUGACUAUGCAUGUAUACCACAUUUGCCGUUUGAUUUGUAAUGGGAAUAAAGUUUUGCCUUCUGGCUGACCAAACUGUGUAAUUUUGAAACUAGGAGAUGCCCUGGAGGUCCCUGAAUUGCUUAAAGCAGGGGUCUCCAACCUUGGCAACUUUAAGCCUAGAGGACUUCAACUCCCAGAAUGUCACGUCCCUCCCUCUCAACAGAGGGGAGAGAUAGACAACAUCCUUUAUCUUCAGUCUACAACCUUGGCAAAUUUUAUGACUUGCGGACUUCCAACUUCCAGAAUUCCUCAGCCACCAUGCGCCGGCUGGGGUAUUCUGGGAGUUGAAGUCCUCCAGGCUUUAAAGUUGCCAAGGUUGGAGACCCCUGGCUUAAAGCUUUCCUGCUGACUUUAUAUAGUAGCUCCUAAAACCUCCUGCGCAGGCUGCACUGGCUUCUGGUGGUCUUUCGGGUGCAAUUCAAGGUGUUAGUUACCACCUUUAAAGUGCUCCAUGGCAUAGGACCAGGUUACUUACGGGACCGCCUGCUGCUACCGGCGACCUCCCAUCGACCAGUGCGCUCCCAUAGGGAGGUUCUCCUCAGGGUGCCGUCGGCCAGUCAAUGUCGGCUGGCGGCGCCCAGGGGGAGGGCCUUCUCUGUGGGGGCACCAACCCUCUGGAACAAGUUACCACCAGGUAUCCGUCAACUCCCUGAUCUUCGGACCUUUCGACGCGAGCUGAAAACAUUUUUGUUUCACCGUGCAGGACUGGCCUAGUGGGGUUUUAAUAAGGGGUUUUAUUGGUUUUAAGUUCUUCAACCAACUCUAAAUUUUCCUUUUAAACUGGUCUUAAAAAUUGUACUAAUUGUCUUUACUUUGGCUGUAAACCGCCCUGAGUCCUUUGGGAGAAGGGCGGUAUAGAAAUUGAAACAAUAAAUAAAUAAAUAAAUCUUGCAAUAUACAUCAUAGCGCUCAGA